CCUUAAAUAAAUACAUUGAUAAUCACGGGGAAGCGCGCCAACCAAGUAGUUCUCAAUUCUUUGAAGUUGAACUCGAUUAGCUCCGAUCAUGGCGAUCGACUGCCUCGUCCUUGGGGCAGGCCAAGAAGUUGGGAAAAGCUGCGUGGUGGUGUCGAUAAAUGGCAAGAGAAUCAUGUUCGACUGUGGGAUGCACAUGGGAUACACUGAUUCUCGUCGCUACCCAAAUUUCUCUCUCAUUUCAAAAACCGGAGAUUUUGAUAAUGCUCUCACUUGUGUCAUUGUUACUCACUUUCACUUGGAUCAUAUUGGAGCGCUUCCUUAUUUCACUGAAGUUUGCGGGUACAAGGGUCCAAUUUACAUGACUUAUCCGACAAAAGCAUUGGCCCCUUUGAUGUUGGAGGACUACAGAAAGAAUAUGGACAGAAGGGUUGAGGACGAACAAUUUACUGCGGACCAUAUUGCAGAAUGCAUGAAAAAGGUUAUACCUGUGGAUUUGAAGCAGACUGUGCAGGUUGAUAAAGGUCUUCAAAUCCGUGCCUACUAUGCAGGACAUGUCAUUGGGGCAGCAAUGUUUUAUGCAAAGGUGGGAGAUGCUGCUAUGGUGUACACAGGAGACUAUAAUAUGACGCCAGAUAGACAUCUCGGGGCAGCUCAAAUUGAUAGACUACAGUUGGACCUUCUUAUAACAGAGUCAACUUACGCAACAACCAUACGUGAUUCAAGAUAUGGGCGAGAGAGGGAGUUCCUUAAAGCUGUUCAUAAUUGUGUUGCUGCUGGAGGAAAGGUGCUUAUUCCAACAUUUGCACUAGGAAGAGCUCAGGAACUAUGUAUACUAUUGGAAGAUUACUGGGAACGCAUGAAUCUAAAUGUUCCUAUCUACUUCUCAGCAGGUUUGACCAUCCAAGCCAAUAUGUAUUAUAAAAUGCUUAUUAACUGGACGAGCCAGAAGAUCAAGGAGACAUAUGCCACACAUAAUGCAUUUGAAUUUAAAAGUGUUCGGAAUUUUGACCGUUCUUUGAUAAAUGCUCCUGGACCUUGCGUUCUCUUUGCUACACCUGGUAUGAUUGUUGGCGGAUUUUCACUUGAGGUUUUUAUGCAAUGGGCGCCUUCGGAAAACAAUCUCGUGACAUUGCCAGGGUAUUGUGUGGCCGGAACGAUAGGCCAUAAGUUAAUGUCCGGUAAACCAACCAAAAUUGAUUUGGACAAGGACACCCGAAUCGAUGUGCGAUGCCAGAUUCACCAGCUAUCUUUCAGUCCUCAUACCGAUGCCAAAGGGAUUAUGGAUCUUGUCAAAUUUCUCUCACCAAAACACGCUAUUCUUGUACAUGGUGAGAAACCGAAAAUGGCCACUCUUAAAGAAAGGAUUCAAUCUGAACUUGGGAUCCCAUGUUAUUGUCCGUCAAACAAUGAAACGGUGACUGUUCCUUCGACACACUAUGUGAAAGCAGACGCAUCAGGUACCUUUAUCCGGAGUUGCUUGAAUCCAAACUUCAAGUUCUCAACAUGUAGUUCAGUAGAUAAAUCUUAUUUGGAUUCAAACGAACCGAAAGCAGUUUCAAGGCUUUCCGUAAGUGAUGAUAGAGUUUCCGGUAUCUUAGUAGUAGGAAAAGGCAAAAAGGCAAAGAUUAUACACCAGGGUGAGCUUCUGAAUACAUUCGGAGAAAAAAAGCAUGAGAUUCAGUUUGCUUAUUGUUUCCCGAUGCAUGCAACCAGAACCGAAGACAUCCCAUCUGCUUUCGAUUUGCUUUGCGAUCUUGACAAAUGCACUUUGAUUACUCGAUUAUCAACGAUACUAUCAAAUGAACUUUCUGAAGGUAAUAUCCUAGAUUUGGGGGAACAACUUCAAAUAGAAUCAUUCCGUGUAUCCGUUUGUUCUUUGGACAAUUGCCCUCAUAGAUUAUCCGCUAGUUUUCAGAACGAUUCGGAAUCGGUUUUCUUUUGUUGCUGUUGGUCAGUGGCUGAUGAAAAACUUGCAUGGAAAAUCAUUUCAAUCAUGAAAGGUGCUACUUUACAAACGACUUGAAGAUGUUCUUUAGAUUACAGAUCGUGAUUAGGUAAUGAAGUUAAAGCGAGUUUAGGUGUGAGUAUCAGAUAUAUGUAUCCGUAUAUACUUGAUAUUUACGAAAACAAUGGAAGAAGU